AUGCGCUCCGUCUUCGUACGCAAAGGGACUUGCUCGAGCCUUGCAUCCACCCUAGUAUUAGCACCACGACCUUGGACAACGUCUUGGACCACCGCCACCACCACCACCACCACCACCACCACUACAGCCCUUACCGCCCCCCAGCUCCUUAGACGCCAGCACGACCUCUUCUCGUUCGAACAACGCGGCUGCUCCCGCACUCCUCUGACCGCUCCUCUUAUAGACAUAAUCCAUAAGACCACGCGGCGGUCCGUCUUUGCCCAGACCCGCCGUCUAUUUUCCUCCUCGCCUGUCGCCGCGCUUAACCCACCGCCGACUGCGCAACGAGAACAACCCUCAACACAAGAUACCACGAUCGAGACUGCGAACAUGAACGGCAAUAACACAUCGCCGCGCAUCAAGCGCAAGGCUCCACAAAGCCCCGAGGGCUUGCGACCGCACAAGCAACAUCGCGCCCUGAACGGAAAGCUGUCUGCUGGCGAUAAUACCCCCGAGGUCGAGCUCGAACACAAUGCUCUCGUUGAGGAGGAAGAGUCUGAUUUCGAGGACGCCGCGAGGCUGAACAGCAUGUUUCCCAUCACCCAGGAGCCCGAAGCCUGGCAGAAGACGAUUGAGAACGUCGUCAGCAACGUCGUCUCUAUUCGUUUCUGCCAGACGUGCUCUUUCGACACGGAGGCAGCGUUGACGAGCGAAGCGACUGGCUUCGUGGUGGACGCACAGAAGGGAUACAUCUUGACGAACCGACACGUCGUUGGAUCUGGACCGUUUUGGGGAUACGUCGUUUUCGACAACCACGAAGAGGUCGAUGCUUACCCCGUCUACCGCGACCCUGUUCACGACUUUGGUAUUCUGAGAUUCGACCCGAAGGCCGUCAAGUACAUGAAGUUGAACGCGCUGGUGCUUCGUCCAGACCUCGCGAAGGUGGGUGUCGAGAUCAGAGUCGUUGGUAACGAUGCUGGUGAAAAGCUCAGUAUCUUGUCCGGAUUCAUCAGCCGUCUCGACCGAAAUGCGCCAGAGUACGGAGACGGAUAUAGCGACUUCAACACGUGCUACUACCAGGCCAAUGCUGCCGCAAGUGGCGGUAGUUCUGGCAGUCCGGUCGUGAACAUCGACGGCUUUGCUGUUGCGUUGCAAGCCGGUGGACGAUCCGACGGGGCCUCGACGGACUACUUCCUGCCUCUCGACCGACCACUACGAGCUCUUGAAUGCAUUCGCCAGGGCAAACCCGUUACAAGAGGCGACAUCCAGUGUCAAUUUCUCCUCAAGCCCUUCGACGAGUGCAGACGCCUCGGUCUGACGCCAGAGGAGGAGGCCGCGGCUCGGCAAGCUUUUCCCAAGGACAACAACAUGCUUGUUGCCGAAAUCAUUCUUCCUAAGGGCCAGUCUGACCAAAAGAUCGAGGAGGGUGACAUUCUCAUCAAGGUGAACGGCGAGCGCGUGGGACAGUUCAUCCGUUUGGAUGACUUGCUGGACUCGAACGUCGGCAAGACCAUUCGCCUCCAGCUGCAGAGGGGUGGCGAGGAUAUUGAGGUCGAUGUCGAUGUUGGUGAUCUGCACGAGAUCACUCCUGACCGCUUUGUGUCCGUCGCCGGUGCCAGUUUCCACAGCUUGUCUUACCAGCAGGCCCGUCUGUACGGCGUUGCAUGCCAAGGCGUCUUCGUUUGUGAGGCCACGGGCUCUUUCAGAUUCGACAGCGCGGACAAUGGCUGGUUGAUCCAGACCGUGGACCACAAGAAGACGCCUGAUUUGGAGACCUUCAUCGAGGUGAUGAAGACGAUCCCCGACAAGUCUCGCGUGGUUGUCACUUACAAGCACCUGCGUGACCUGCACACCCUGAACACCACAAUCAUCUACGUCGACCGGCAUUGGUCAGCCAAGAUGAAGAUGGCUGUCAGAAACGACGAGACGGGUUUGUGGGACUUCUCAGACCUUGCUGAUCCCCUCCCCCCUAAGCCGCCUGUGGCCCGCUCUGCUUCUUUCAUCGAGCUCGAGAAUGUGAAGCAUAAGGCUAUUGCCGACCUGGUGCGAAGCUUCGUCCACGUCAACUGCACCAUGCCCGUCAAGCUCGACGGCUUCCCCAAGAACCGGAAGUGGGGCAUGGGCUUGGUCAUUGACGCGGAGAAGGGCCUCGUUGUCAUCUCAAGAGCCAUUGUGCCCUAUGAUCUGUGCGACGUGACCAUCACAAUUGCGGACUCGAUCAUUGUUGAGGGCAAGGUCGUGUUCCUCCACCCACUUCAAAACUACGCCAUUGUGCAGUACGACCCCGCGUUGGUCAAUGCUCCCGUUCAAAGUGCGAGACUGAGCACGGUCAACAUCACUCAGGGAGCCUCCACCAACUUCAUGGGAUACAACAGAAUUGGCAAGAUUGUCCAUGCCACGACCACGGUCACCGAAGUCACUGCUGUGGCCAUCCCGGCCAACUCUGGAGCGCCCAGAUACCGUGCCAUCAACGUUGACGCAAUCACGGUUGAUACGAGUCUCAGCAACCAAUGCGGAAGCGGUGUUCUGGUGGCCGACGACGGCACUGUCCAGGCCCUCUGGCUCACGUACCUUGGUGAGCGUUCGGCCUGCAGCAACCGGGAUGAGGAGUACCACCUCGGCCUGGCGACGCCCACUCUGUUGCCUGUCGUCUCCCAGAUCCAGCAGGGCAUUGUCCCCAAGUUGCGGAUGUUGUCCGUUGAGUUCAGAGCCAUCGCUAUGGCCCAGGCUAGGGUCAUGGGCGUCUCGGACGAGUGGAUCCGCAAGGUCACCGAGGCCAACAAGACACAUCACCAGCUGUUCAUGGUCAGCAAGCGCACCUUCGAGCGCGGUGAGCAGUCGGGCGCUCUCCUCGAGGGCGACAUCCUGCUCACUCUCAACGGCAAGGUCAUCACCAAGGUUUCCGAGCUGGACAUCAUGUACUCUCAUGAGUCUCUUGACGCCGUCAUCGUCCGCGACUGCGAAGAGAUCCACAUCAAGGCUCACACUGUCGCCGCCGACGACGUUGAGACUGACCAUGCCAUCUCUUUCUGCGGAGCCAUUCUGCAUCGACCUCACCAUGCCGUCAGGCAGCAGAUUAGCAAGCUGCACAGCGAAGUGUACGUCUCGGCCCGUACCCGUGGUUCGCCGUCAUACCAGUAUGGCUUGGCGCCCACCAACUUCAUCACCCACGUCAACGGCAAGCCGACGCCCGAUCUGGAGACCUUCCUCGCUACUGUUCACGGAAUUCCGGACAACACCUAUUUCCGAUUGAAGGCCGUCACAUUCGACAGCGUCCCGUGGGUCAUCACCAUGAAGAAGAACGAGCACUACUUCCCGACGAUGGAGUGGAUCAAGGAUCCCGCCGAACCAUGUGGCUGGAGGAGAAAGACGUAUGAGGGUGGCAAGGUAUUUGAGGGUGAGGGCCCCGACGGUGUGCCCCCCGUUUCCGAGGACACUGAGAUGGUGGAGGAGCCUGCCAUCUAA